UCCAAUCCGUAACUAUCCAUUCAAUUUCGCAGAUUUCCCCAAGUAGCAGAGCUAAUAAUGGUAUGGUGUCUACAAAUCAGUUGCAGAUUCAACACAAAAUUGCUAUCUCCAAACACUAUCUACACCGCAAACCUCAUUUUUCGGUUAGAAAAUCGCGCUUUCGGCUUGGACGCUGCGCCGCUUGAAGUUGAAAUCCGAUUUGGUAGUUACAGAACGCGACGCACAAUUUCAAUAACCGGAAAGCACUGCCAAGGAAGAGACGCCGUCGCGAGAGGCGAUGGAUGGAUGGAGCUGAAAUUGGGAGAAUUUUUCGUCAAUGGUAACGAAGAUGAUACCCAAGUGAAAAUGGAGCUGAAAGAAAUUGAAGGUACGCAUCUCAAAGGCGGAAUUGUUCUGCAAGGAAUUGAACUUAGGCCUAAUGCUCCAAUCCAAUAGCAUAAUGGGCCUAUUCGUUUUGCCCUGCUUAAGCCCAUUAAGAAUGCAUACAUUACUUUUGGGCAAAACCAAAAUA